AUGGCAAAAGGGCUGAUAUGGGCAACGGCAGAGGAUUUGGCAAGAAACAGAGGGCGGGUUUUGUCUCUUUAUCGACAAAUACUGCGAAGCCUCAACUCACCUGAUUUGCCACUGAAUUUAGCAGCAAGGCUGUCCAAGAAAGCGGAGGUUCGUGCCAUUUUCAUGCUGGCUGCGGAGGAGCAAUCUCUCCACAACAUUGAAGAUCUUAUUGAUACUGCUGAAGGUUGUGAACUAGUUUGUCAUAUUCAUAAUGCUGUUGAUAUGCUCUUGAAGGCAAAAUCAGAAAACAGGAAAGGAUUGGAAAUGCCCAUCUUGAUUUCUUACCUAGACUGA